AUGGCCCCAUCUCCAGCCAAAUCUCUCCCACAUCGCGAUAAUACAAUCGUAGAAGCUGUUAGGGACACUGUCCAGGUCAGAGGUGUAGAUCAGUCUUCACGCACAAGAAUGGGAAGAAGUCAAACUGCCCAGGGAAACUCCCCAUUACGUCCCACACACGUCGGUCGUCGUUCAUUAUCCCAGGACUCUAUCCUUCACACAGCGAAUGCUCUUGAUAAGGCCAAGGGCAAGGCACGAGGCAAGAAAGGCUCCAUGCAUGCGGACGUCAUAGACAGACUUGAUUUUACUGGCGUCGGUCCCAUGUUCCAUCAUGAUGGUCCAUUUGAUGCUUGUGCUCCGUCUCGUAACCGCCAUCGAACUAAGGCGCCCAUGCUUGCCUGGAGCAGCGCGGGGGCAGAUGUGGCACUAUCCAAUGAAUCCCCUUAUCCCCCACCUGACGCUUACAAUGGUGCCUUCUCCGCUGCCUACCAACCACCAAAGAAGAAAGUCGAUGCCAUUGCAGAAGCAUGGGGUAUCCAUGAGCCAGAACCGUACGAGGAAUUUUUUGCAGGCGGGGGCACUGGUAGACGUGAUGGUGACACACCGUCUAAUUCAAUCUACGCUGGGAGGGAAGGUCACGGAUCACGGAACGGCACGCCGCGACACUCCCUUGGAAAGCGCUCCAAGGACGGGCGUGACCUUCGUGAUAUCUAUAGAGAGUACCCCGAUGACGAUAUGAAACAGAUGCAAGCUCGCGACCGGGAGCGUGGUGGUGAGAGAGAAGGAAGACGCACUAAACGCGGUGGUAUCCCGCCCCCGCAGCCUAUUCUUGUGCCAGAAGCCCAGAGUACCGAUUAUGACAGCGCACCAGGGUCUCCGUCACUGCCAGGAGUCCCAAAACGCACCAAAUCAUUGAUGCAGCGCAUUCGCAAAAUGCGUGACUCCCCAAACGUGCCCAUGGGUUUUGACGAGAGUGUCGAGCCUCCUUCUCCCAAUGUAGAUAUCUACCAACCAUCGCGUCCUACACAUCGGUCACAAAAUUCGUUCCUUGGGCGCUUCUCCAACGGUUACAACGGUCCUGGUCGUCCAAACCCCUCACCUCCUUCAGAUGAAGCAUAUGUGUACGUCGAUGAUGUGCGUAGGGACAAACGACUACCUGCAACCCCUUAUGCUCCAGCGACAACUCGAACGCCAUCUGCCGAAGACAGACGCGGAUACUUUGACGGUGCAUCCAGUUCUCCGCCAUUGGGCGGUCUUGGGCGAAAAACUAGUUUAUUGAAGAAAGUGAAGGAUGUGGUCAGGGGCCCAAAAUGA